AUGCUUGGGGGAAAGCGUGCUUUCCCGGUGCAUUCUAGGGGUGAACGUGGCGCCCCUUGCGGGGAACUGAAGAAGGAGAAGGGUAUUCAUCGGUUAGAGGCCAUGCUCUUCGCCCUCGACCUCAUCAAUAAAGACCCAGACCUGCUGCCCAACGUGACCCUGGGGGCGCGUAUAUUAGACACCUGCUCGCGCGACACCUACGCCCUGGAACAGUCGCUUACCUUUGUGCAGGCGCUCAUCGAGCGUGAUUCUACUGAUGUGCGAUGUGCUAGUGGCGAGCAGCCCAUCUUUGCCAAGCCGGACAAGAUUAUUGGCGUGAUAGGCGCGGCUGCAAGCUCCGUCUCCAUCAUGGUGGCCAACAUCCUACGCCUGUUUAAGAUCCCUCAAAUCAGCUAUGCCUCCACAGCGCCAGAGCUGAGCGAUAACACCCGGUACGACUUCUUCUCCCGGGUUGUUCCGCCCGAUUCCUACCAGGCCCAGGCUAUGCUGGACAUCGUGACCGCCAUGGGCUGGAACUAUGUCUCCACGCUGGCAUCUGAGGGGAAUUAUGGGGAGAGCGGUGUGGAGGCUUUCGUUCAGAUCUCACGAGAAACCGGCGGUGUGUGUAUUGCUCAAUCUCUGAAGAUCCCCAGAGAGCCCAGACCGGGAGAAUUCGACAAGAUCAUCCUACGGCUACUGGAGACACCCAACGCUCGUGCCGUUGUCAUGUUUGCGAAUGAAGAUGACAUCAGACGUGUCUUGGACGCUGCAAAGCGCAACAACCAAACAGGUCACUUCCUGUGGGUGGGAUCGGACAGCUGGGGCUCUAAGAUAUCUCCUGUCGUCCAGCAGGAAAGCGUGGCAGAAGGUGCUAUUACCAUCCUUCCAAAAAGAGCAUCCAUAGAAGCCUUUGACAGAUACUUCAAAAGCCGCUCCUUGUCCAACAACCGAAGGAACGUUUGGUUUGCAGAGUUCUGGGAGGAGAAUUUCGGAUGCAAGUUAGGGAUGCACGGCAAGCGUCCCGGCAGCCCCAAGAAAUGCACUGGGUUGGAGAAAGUCGGCAGGGACUCCACUUACGAGCAAGAGGGAAAGGUGCAGUUUGUGAUGGACGCAGUGUAUGCCAUGGCCCACGCGCUGCACCGCAUGCAUCGGGACCUCUGCUUGGGAUAUCCAGGCCUUUGUCCCCGCAUGAGCAACAUAGAUGGCAAGGAGCUGCUGGGAUACAUCAGAAACGUCAGCUUUAAUGGCAGUAAGGGAUGUUUUUUUUUUCCCCCGGCGACAAUGAAUGCCAUGCAGUGGGCGAGUGGGGACGCAUCUGUGCCGGCGUCUGUAUGCAGCCUGCCCUGUCAGACUGGCGAGCGGAAGAAGGUUGUGAAGGGGGUGCCGUGCUGCUGGCACUGCGAGCGCUGCGAGGGCUACCAUUACCAGGCCAGCGAAUUCACGUGCCAGCUUUGCCCGUAUGAGCAACGACCAGAUCAAAACCGAACAGGCUGCCAGCCAAUCCCCAUCAUUAAGCUGGAGUGGUACUCGCCGUGGGCUGUAGCACCCGUCUUCAUCGCCAUCCUGGGAAUUCUUGCCACGACCUUUGUGGUGGUGACUUUCGUGCGUCACAACGACACGCCAAUCGUACGGGCCUCUGGCAGGGAAAUGAGUUACCUGCUGCUAACGGGAAUUUUCCUAUGCUACGUCAUCACGUUUCCCAUGAUAGCGGCACCUGGAUUGGCCGUCUGCUCCUUCCGCAGGAUCUUUCUGGGUUUGGGCAUGUGUUUCAGCUACGCCGCCUUGCUCACCAAGACCAACCGCAUCCAUCGGAUCUUUGAGCAGGGCAAGAGGUCAGUCGCGGCGCCGCGGUUCAUUAGCCCCACCUCCCAGCUAGUCAUUAUCUUCAGCCUCAUCUCAGUUCAGUUAAUGGGUGUGUUUGUGUGGUUCGUGGCUGACCCGCCGCACACUGUUGUGGAUUACGGCGAGCAGCGCACGCAAGACCCUGAAAACGCACGCGGGGUGCUCAAGUGUGACAUCUCAGACCUGUCACUCAUCUGCUCACUGGGCUAUAGCAUCCUUUUGAUGGUCACGUGCACUGUUUACGCAAUCAAGACCAGGGGAGUGCCGGAGACCUUCAAUGAGGCCAAGCCCAUUGGAUUUACCAUGUACACCACCUGCAUCAUCUGGCUGGCCUUCAUUCCCAUCUUCUUUGGGACCGCACAAUCUGCAGAGCGGAUGUACAUUCAGACGGCCACACUGACCGUCUCUCUGAGCCUGAGUGCGUCCGUAUCUCUGGGGAUGCUCUACAUGCCCAAAGUUUACAUCAUUAUCCUGCACCCGGAACAGAACGUGCCCAAACGCAAGCGCAGCUUCAAGGCCAUCGUCACCGCUGCCACCAUGACAAACAAGCUCAGCCAGUUGGCCAGUGAACGGCCCAAUGGAGAAGUGAAAACAGAACUCUGUGAGAGUGUGGACAAUAGUACACCGUCCACAAAAACAACCUACGUCAGCUACACCAAUCAUGCCAUGUGAGUGCACAUCCUGAAAAUGGUUUGGCAUGGAUCUGGCUGGCUCCGACAAAACAGGAUCCGAUGACUGAAAUCCAAGCAUGAGACAUCAGUGUUGUUUGUGGACAAGAGGAUGGACUCUUGGACUUUUUUUCCUGGAUAUUUUUUAAGAAAGCCUAGGCAGCCAUCCAAAAAAGGAGACAAAAGCUGCCAUUUACGUGGGCAGCCAAUAAAACGGGACACUGGCAAAAGGUGUCAGACCUGCAUUGGAAAAUGCGUUUGUCUCUUGUAUUGGCUACUCUGGUCUAUAACCUCGGGUUGUGAGUGUGCAAAUGCCAUGGUUGAAGCAUGCCAAUUCAAUUUUUAUACAAAUAAUUUAUUUAU